AUGAAGAUCACACAUGUUCUUUUCAUUGAAUACACUUAUUCAUUUGUUUACAGGGGCGCUAUUGGCAUCGCCUUUAGACCUUUAGACUUCGCUACCUACCUCCUGUUUAUUAUGAUAGUAAACAUGGUGUUUUACCUGUUGUUCUACCUCUUUAUGAAGGGUAUGCGUGGAGAGAAUGUUCUGUCUUUUUUGCUAUUGGGACUGACGAUCUUCCUUUGGGGCACAGCUGUGAGCUUCUUCUUGAAAACGAACAGUGGUUGGCAGGACUCGGCGGCUCGAUCCAGAGAAAUGAACGCUGACUGUUCAAUCAUGGGCUUCUAUGAUGCGCACGACAUCUGGCAUUUAAUCUCAGCGUUCGCCCUCUUUGUCUCCUUCGUUUAUUUACUUCUCCUCGAUGAUAACCUGGACCAGACCCGUCAAACAGAUAUCCCGGUCUUCUAA